UAAUUUAAUUAUUUCUUUUGCAAUUAUUUUCUCUGGUCAAGUUCAGUUCCGGUCAGGAUUUAGGAUCAGUGGAGGUAGAGCGCCUCCUCUCCUUUUCCCUCUUCUACCUCAAAACCCUAAUUAUAUUACUGAGCCAACCAUGAAAAUAGGUUCAUGUACUGCUGCAAUAUCAUCAUCAAUCUCCGCCACCUUACGAUUCCAAAACAAUAAUACUCUCCGUUCUUCUUCUGUUUCCUUCUUUCCUUUGAAGAGAAGCAUGUCUCUAAUCCCUAUUCAUUGUUCUUCUGCUUCUCCUUUGUCUUCUACUGCCGGUUCUCCUGCCGCCGCCACCAUCCAUACGGCGUCCGAUGAGCCUGUGGCCAAGCCAAAGCAACAGCCUUGGCUCAUUGUUGGCCUCGGUAAUCCUGGCAAAAAGUAUCAAGGCACUCGCCAUAAUGUGGGUUUUGAGAUGGUGGAUGCUUUAGCUGAUUCUGAAGGAAUACCAAUGAGUAGUGUUUCCUUUAAAGCUCUGUUUGGAAAAGGUUUUAUUGGAAAUGUUCCUGUAAUGCUUGCCAAACCACAAACUUUCAUGAAUGCAAGUGGUGAGUCUGUUGGUGCUAUUGUCUCAUACUACAAGGUCCCACUGAAGCAAGUACUCUUGGUUUAUGAUGACUUAGAUUUACCUUUCGGUAAGUUGCGACUAUUGCCAAAAGGUGGACAUGGAGGACAUAAUGGGAUGAGAAGUGUUAUUGAUCACUUCAAAGGAAGUCGUGAUUUUCCUCGUUUAAGAAUUGGCAUUGGUCGACCUCCUGGGAAAAUGGAUUCAGUAAAUUUUGUUCUUCGCCCCUUCAACAAACAAGAGCGUGAAGAGUUGGAUUUUACAUUUCAACAAAGUAUACAAGCCAUUCGAAUUCUUUUACUCGAAGGGUUUAAUAAAAGUGCAACAUUUGUCAACACUGCCAAACCAAUGGAGCAAUAUAGUUAAUAACUGCAUUUAGUAGUAAUAUUGUGGUAAAUGCUCUUUUGAGGUGAAAUGAAACCGAAAUUUUUUGAAAUGAAGAGAUCACUUUCAAGCUUUGGAAGUCAUAAUUGGAGUUUGAGAUGUUGGAAGAGCAGAGCAGGCGCAUUUGACAUUAUUGAUUUAGAACCAGUUAGGUGUACUUUUGAUUUUUUUUUUUUUUCCAUUAUUAUAUUUGUUGUAAAAGGAAAAAGCAAAUUAUGAAUCUGUUUCUAGUUUCUCCAGAAAAUUCCUGGAGCUGUUGAACAAGAUAAGAUUGUUUCACAUGAGAAUAGUUUUUAUAGAUGGAGAAAUUAUUAUUGUCAUAUUGUGUGAACAUAUGAUAAUUUAAGAAUUGAUGCCUCAAUUAAGCUUUGA